AUGGGGCCUCUGAUGCUGACCUGCAGUGACCAAAAGCCAGUUCUUGGUUCCCAAAUAUUAAAUGUCGUUUUCACCCAGUGAGAAGAGAUCAAAGGUGUACCUUUUUGUUUUGUUUGUUUUUUUGUUUCCUGUGCUUGCGAAAUGAUGUGAUUGGCUGUUGGGUCUGCUCUAUGCAAAUGCAAGACACUAUUAACAUAACCCAUGUCCAGCAAGACUUAGUGUUCAGUCACAGAGUUGGUGUUUCAGUCACAGCACACGUAUGUGAAUGUGUAGCAGCCAAAAUGAGGAUUGUCUUUUUGGUGCUUCUACUGGUUCCUCUGGGCUGGACGAAGCGUGAGUAUUUCUUACAGUCCAAUGCUUCCAGCUGGGAACUAGCUCGCCAGCACUGCCAGGUGUGCUACAGGGAGCUGGCCACCAUCACGGCCGAGGACGCACGCCACAUGCUGGAGAAACUGGACAACAGCAGCAGAGCUGUCUGGGUUGGUUUGCGGAGGAGGCUCAACGAAACCGUGGCAUCCAACACCACCAACAGCACCGGCCCGGAGUCCCACUGGUUCAGUGGCACUGCUCCAUGGUUCCAGUCGUCAAAUGACACCAACGGCACGUGGUUCAGCUUUUUUGAGGGAAAGCUUCCAUGGUCCCGCUGGGCCAAUGGUGAUCCAGUGACCUUCCAGAACUGGUAUCCUGGUCGACCCGUUCCAAAGCCCAGGCCGGAACCGAUCAAGUGUGAUCCUAAUGCGGGGGCCAGUACUUAUACCACUACACCCAGCUAUACCACAGAGAGUGGGUAUUCCACAGUCGAUGGGACUUCCACAACAGGAAUGCCAAAUCAGAACAGCACCAAUGGCACCGCAGAGCAGAGGAAUGACACAUACAUGUGUCCCCAGCUGAAGAAACUCCUCGAGUGUGUGGACGAUCAAGGAGCAAAGGAUGCUCUGAGCAGAUAUUUAAAUCAGUCCUCAAAUGCCACAACGCCCGGUUCAAAUCAGACCGACUUAAAUAGGUCCUUAAAUGCCACAACGCCAGAUCCGGCAGAUCUGUACAGUGCUUUUCCUGGUACCAUCCCAACCAGUACCUCAGCUCCAGGUACUACUUCCACUAGUGCUGCAACCAGUACCUCAGCUCCAAGUACUACCUUCACUAGUGCUGCUCCAACCACCUCUCCUUGUCCCAAUGUCACCGACAUCCGCGAAGCAGACCUUAAUAGGUUUAUUGAGGAUGCUUGCUUGGUAUUGCUUAGUUUUGGGCUGUGGUGGGAAAGGGCCUGUUCUGAAGUUUUACCUUACGUCUGUUAUGAUGAUCGUUUCUAUGGUGAGGUGAACGUGUCUGACAUCACAUACACCAGUGCUGGCGUGAAGUGGUUGGAGGCGCCUGGUGCAAUCUCAGGCUAUAGGGUGGAAGUGAAAAGUGAAGAGCAUAACUGGACUGAGACGCUAACUUCAAACCUAACCACACAGUUCCAAAACCUGACUGCCGGUACAAAGUACACAGUCUGUGUGUUCCCAAUCAAAUGUGGUCGGGAUCUUAAUCCCCAAACCACCUACUUCUACAGCCAGCCUGAUCACAUCCGGAACCUCACUCUUGUACAGAUCCAAGAGACCUCUGUCACCUUGUCUUGGAGGCCACCCCCAGGUGGAAUUGACAUCUACCGGCUGUGCGUGUACAACAGCUCCCUUCAAAUUUCAUGCGUAAAUAUCACCUCAACCAUCCACACUAUCAAGGAUCUGGUAGCAGGUGGGGAACACACCGUUGAGGUCAGUGCCGAGGUGGCCGACAUGUCGAUUCCUGGUCGGCGCUUCAACAAAACUUUCUUCACUAGUAAGUGUCCCUCUCCUUUUAUCUGCUCCGCUCACUGUUCAGGAAGCAUCGCUGGGCAUCUCUAUUAGACAGGGCAGAACAAAUCAGCCAAUCAGUGAGCAUGGAGGGCCAGUGAUGAUAUGACCUUGUUGGUCUGGUCUGUUGGUAUUGUUGGUCAGUAUUGCUAGUCACUCCCACCACUUGGGCAACCGAAUGAACCAAGUUAGGAUGGUGCUGACUUUUUGAAGAGCUAUUGUAGACGCCAAGGACUGUUCACCCUCUUUUUAGAACUUUGACAGAAGAAACCAUUUAGAAAUCCACUGUUUAACAUAACAAUACUAAUGUCUCCACAACUGUUUUCUCUUUUAGAACCAAAUACAGUGAAGGAGCUUAAUGUUACAAAACAUUUCACCACUGGCUUCACGGUGGUUUGGAAACGACCAGAUGGUGAUGCCUCUUCUUACCGCGUCCUUGUGAACAGUCUUAAUGGAUCUAUGGUUUCUAAUGAAAGCACUCCCGACACUACAUAUAAUGUCGAAGGAGUCAUGUCUGGCUCUAAGUUCCUCAUUAGUGUGGUGGCACAAGUACAAAACAAAUCCCUGGAGGGAAAACCUCAAACCACUCACGGUUUCACAGGUAGGCCAUUUUUCAUUGAAUGGUAACUAUCCAUUGAAAAUCGUACAGAUAAAAAAAAAAAGAAUUCCUCACUCAGUCUUUCUCUAAGACAGACAUGAAGUCAUGCUGUCCAUGCUUUUUACAGCCAUUCAAAUUCCCCAGGUGGGAGAUGCAUAAAUGAUGGU